GACAUCUUCUGUGUACAGACAAUAAACCUUCUUCUCUCUUCCUUUACAAAAUCUUGUAUUUGCCCUUGUUAAUGUCCAUAUUUUGCGCUUGCAUUUUCCCUUUCUGAGUCUCAUAUCUACAUGCUCUCUCUCUCUCUCUUUCACUGUUGCACUCCCCCUCUCUCUCUCUCUCUCUCUCUCUUGCUUUUACCCUAAAAAGGGCAUUGGUUUCCUUCAUAAGAGACCCUCUUCUUGAGCAGUCUUUUGAAGCCCCUCAAGUCUGAGAGAGGGAGAGAGAAAGCAAGCGACUGCUUCAGCUUCACUCUUUAUAGUGUUUCCAUUCCCAUAUUAUAUUAUACUCUUCAAAAACAUUUCUUUGUUCCUCAAUUCUUUGAUUAAAGAAAAUUUGUUCACAUAUAAACAUACAACCCACGCUCUUAAUACCACUUCUUGUUUAGAAGAUAGAAAGAUAAAGAGAGAGCUUUUUAUUUUUUUUGACUUUUUCUAGAUUUUUUGAGACUUUUUUGUCUGCAAUGGCACCAAGUUUUGAUUGUGCAGUUUCGAGUCUUCUAUGUGCAGAAGACAACAGCAGCAUUUUUAAUGAUAAUGAGUACUGCGGUUGGGGCGCUGAGGUGGAAGAGUUUGGGGCAGCAUGGAAUCAUAGAUAUUAUCGAAACUCGAAUCAAAACCGAGUCUUUAAUGGUGUUGAUGAAGACGGCUUGCCAUUGCAGAGUGAGGAGUGUUUGGCUUUGAUGGUUGAGAAAGAACAGCAACAUUUGCCAAAUGCUGAUUACUUGAAGAGGCUAAAAGGUGGAGAUUUGGACCUGGAGGCUAGAAAAGAAGCUGUUGAUUGGAUUUGGAAGGUUCAUGCCCAUUUCGGCUUUGGACCUCUUUGUGCGUAUUUAUCGAUAAACUACUUGGACAGGUUUCUCUCUGCCUAUGAAUUACCCGGCAAAGCUUGGAUGAUGCAGUUACUAGCCGUGGCAUGUCUAUCUAUUGCAGCCAAAAUGGAGGAGACUGAAGUUCCAUUAAUUUUAGAUCUACAGGUGGGAGAAUCUAAAUUUGUGUUUGAGGCUAGAACUAUACAAAGAAUGGAGCUUCUAGUGUUGAGCACAUUGAAAUGGAGAAUGCAAGCAAUCACCCCAUUCUCCUUCUUAGACUAUUUCCUUUACAAGCUCAAUGAUGAUAAAAUCCCACUUAGAAGUUCAAUCUUGAGAUCAAUCCAACUCAUCUCAAGCACAAUAAAAGGGAUUGACUUCUUGGAAUUCAAGUCUUGUGAGAUUGCCGCAGCAGUGGCAAUAUCUGUUGCUGUAGAAACCAAAACAGUGGACACUGAGAAAGCAAUAUCUGUUCUCACUCAGUAUGUACAAAAGGAGAGAGUGCUGAAGUGUAUUGAAUUGGUAGAUGGAUUGUCAUUGUUUGGUGGGUCUGUUAAGGGAGGCAAUGCAUCUGUCCCAUCUGUUCCCCAGAGCCCAAUUGGGGUGCUGGAUGCCGCAUGCUUGAGCUACAAAAGUGAUGACACAACAGUUGGGUCAUGUGCAAGUUCUUCACAUACGCAUACUAGUCCCAGUACCAAAAGGAGAAAGCUAAGCAGACCCUGUGAAGUGGAGCUGUAAAAGUGAUACGGAAGAUUAGGAUAUUCACACAACAAAACCAAUACUCCUCCUUUAUAUGUCUGAUGUUGUUACAUAGUAGCUUUGGGUGUGUUUUUUAAGAGGACCACAAGGAAAACCAUAAAUACAGGAUGGAAAAUGAAAGAGAAA